AUGCAGGGCCUGCUCGCGUUCUUCCACAAGCUCGGGGGUCUCAAGGUGGCGUCUGUCUGCAGUGGCACUGACUCACCGCUGCUCGUGUUGAACACGAUUGCAGAGGUAUGUCGCAAGCGCCUGGGGGAUGUCUUCGAAGAGGCUGUCACGAAUAAGGUCGUCGGCGAUAUGACUUGCGAUGACUUGGAGACUGUGGUCGACGACGUGUUCCCGAACAUGAAGGUGUUGUACUCUGACGUGCGCGAGCUGUCCAAGAAGAGUGCUCUUCCUAACUUGGCUGACCCCCAGCAGACCGAGAUACCAGUGCCAAACUUUAAUAUUCUCGUGGGCGGGUUUGUCUGCAAAGACGUUUCGAACAUGAAUUGCCAUCGAGAGGACAACAGAACGACAGUCCGUGAUAAGUCUAAAAAGACUGGUGGUACCUUUGGUGGCAUCAUCGACCUACUCAAGAAGCACAUCGAGGAUCCUUCCAUGAUGAAUCCAGAAGUCGUCUUUCUUGAAAAUGUCAAAGGACUUGACGCUCCACCAAAGAAGAAAGAGGCUGAUGGGUCAACAACAUCACUGCCUUACUACGAGUCCAACCUGUCCUAUUGCAUGGACAAGAUGUGGGACGCAGGCUACUUCAUGACUCCCCUCUUGCUAGACCCGAGGUGCUUUGCUGGGCCGCAGUCGCGGCAACGCUACUGGCUACCUGCUGUUCGCAGGGCCCUCAUGGAAGACACCGGCCUCGACCAAGCCGAGCUUUACUCUUGGAUCGGUCAGCUUACGACUAGGAUGGCUUGUCAUGGCGAGACGCCCUUGGAUGGGUACCUACUGGACUCGGCCGACGCGGACCUCAGAGAGUAUUUGAAGAACGUCAUGGGCCAGGAAGUCCCCUGGAAGAAACCAGACCCCGUGUCGUCCAAGAAGACCGAUGAGACCUCGGCCAAGGCCAAGGCCGCUCCCAAAUGGGUGGCCGCUCAUGCUGGCGCCGCUACCAAGAACGCGGCCAUGCUGACUCAGACUCGCAUCAGCAAGGAUACCCUGGAGGACAUCGCCAAGAACUACCCUGGCGUCAGAUCCCUAGCCAAGCGCCAGUUCGACAUGCUGGUAUUAGCCGGAAUGUCGCCUCCGUGCAAGCAGCGCCGCUUCCUCGACCUGUCCCAGAACCUCGCCAGGACGCGCCAGUCCGCUGCUGCGGAGUCGAAGUACAUCCCUUGUGUCACGCCGCGGAUGGAGAUGUGGAUCACUGAUCUGGCGAGGUGCGUCCACGGGAUCGAGUCUAUGGGGUUCCAGGGGAUCCACUUCGGGAAAGCGCAUCACGUGGCCAAGAACUACUCGAGCUCGUUCUUGUUGGACCUUUCGGGCAACGCUUUCCACACUGGGUGCAUGGCCGCAUGCACCAUGGCGACUUUCACCGCAGUGGGCGUCGCGCUGCUCCGCAAGAAGGGCAUGACCUUCAGCGCGGGCAUUUCCCCGUCCCUGGCCGAGCCGCUUGAGAACGAGUCCGACGUGGAGUUGGACGACAUCUGGUGA